UAAAAAAAACCAUGCGAAUAGAAAUCAGUCUACUUUGUUUGUUUGUUUCGCUAAAGUUAUGAAAUUUAAGAGAUUUUUUUAUAGUUAAAGAAAUCAAUUUAAUUGUUAAUUAUUUCUCGAAAUGGUUGUGAAUUGUGAGAUUGUUUUCGAUCAAAAUCCACAUGGAACUUAUUUUGCUGGCCAAACAGUAUCCGGUAGAGUUGUUUUGUCUACAGAUAAAACUAAAAUUAUAAAAGGUCUGGCUCUAAAAAUUGUGGGAUUCGCUCGUACAAAAUGGACUGAAAACAACAACAGCCACAAUCACACAAAUGAUAAUAAAAAUACAGGCACCAAGAGCAAAAGCGAAACUUACUAUGGAAGAGAAGACUAUUUUGCUACAACAACAUACCUUUUAGGAUCGGAAGAAAGUGAAUCUAUUCAAAUUCAACAAGGAUUGCACAACUUUACUUUCGCAUGUCCCCUCCCUCCGCAGUGUCCUUCGUCAUUUGAAGGAAAAUAUGGUCAUGUACGUUAUGUGGUAAAAAUUGUUCUUGUACGACCCUGGAAAUUUGAUCAAACAUACUCACGUGCAUUUACUGUUCUAAAAUUAAUGGACUUGAAUUAUGAUUCACCAGUUCUCAGAGUACCUGCAUUUCAAGAAACUUUCAAAACAUUCUGCUGUGGACCCUGUACAAGUCAGCCAUUGAAAAUGAAAGUUUUCGUUCCACAAACAGGUUAUGUUCCCGGUGAAGAUAUAGUUGCCACAAUCACAGUUACCAAUGAGAGCACGGUUCCAGUGAUUGAUUUGAAAAUAUCAUUUGUUAUGUUAGUUACUAUAUUUAGUGACCAUCCGAAAAUGAAUUCGCGUAUGGAUCAAAUGAAAUUGGUUAAAAUCAAAGGAGGUGUUGUCAACACAAAAACUACACGAACUAUUACUCAACUUAUAAGAGUUCCGGCUACACCACCGACUUGCUACAAUUUAUGUCGUCUUAUUAAAAUUUCAUAUGAACUUGAAGUAGAAGCAAAGCUUAAAAGACUGCAUCAAAAUCCUAUUGUUACUAUUCCAAUUACAAUUGGAAAUGUUCCAAUAGUUGCAGUUAUAAAUCAACAACCUUUACCAUCAGAUUAUAGCAGAUUUCAGGCAACUGCACCUCCAAGAUCUGAAGUCACCAGUUCAAUAGAGGAACGGGUUUUUACAAUGUCUGGAAAUAUGCUUCCGCAACCUGCAAGAAAUCUUUCUGAUCCAGUGUCAUCUGGAAGUCAUCAAAUUCCACCCCCCUCAUAUGAAGAAGCUGUCUUCAUGACUCGAGCAGAUGUCAACGAGGAAGAUAGAAAUGCUCUGGGGAAGAGUGAAUUUGUCCCCAGGUAUCCAGUUUAUUGUUGCACAGAACCGUGUGCUCCAUCUGAACCAGAAACUUUUUCAAAUAAUGAUCCUGGUAAAAGUACUUGGUUGUAGAUAAUUUUAAUGAGAUUGAAAUUUUCAUUGAAUGAAAAAUAAAAGUAAGAAACCUA